AUGAGUUCGAGGGCAUUGAAAAGAUUAGAAAAGCAAAGAAACGAAAGCUUAUCGAAUCUCGCCAGUGAUUCCCAAGAAGUUUCAGAGAGUGAGGAAAGUGAAUAUGAGUCCAGACCAAAAACGGCUUUCAAUGCAUUUGCGUUAUUGAAUGACAACGAUGAGAGUGAACAAGAGGAAGAGGAAGAGGAAGAGGCUAUAGAAAAAGAUGAUAAAGAAGAAAGAAAAGAAGAACCUAAGUCUUCUUUGCCACCUAAGAAAUCGAAAUCCAGUAAAAAGAAGAAAAAGAACAAGAAGCCUGCUAAAAAGCCUUUAGAUAGUGAUGAGGAAUUGGAUCAAAUAUUGAUAGAAGCAAAAAAGAAGGACGAAGAAAAGGCUAGAAAGUCUAAGGGCCCUUCUACUAUUAGCAAAGAUGUCGAUGAAGAUGAGUAUGAUUUUGAAGCUGAAUAUGAUGAAAUCUUGGAACCGGCACCAAAUUAUGAUUCAAAUUUUAAGCAGUUCACCACGAAUAGAUUAAAGCAAUCAUUACCGUUACUUUCUAUAGGAUCCAUUAGAAAUUUAGAUCCUGACCACGAGUUUAGGGGUUUAUUUGGUAAUUUGUCGAUGGAAACUAUCGAUGAUGCUAACACAACGACUUCCCUAGCAAUUUCUCCAGAAGUAUUACAACAAUUUAAAAAGCUAGCAAAGCUCACUAGAGGAUGGUGUGGAAAGGAUCGUAGAGGAGUUCCAGGUACAACCAGGAAAUUAUUAUUGACAAGAAUUAGAGACGACUGGUUGCCUACGACACAGAAGCCUAUGAGUAUGGAGGAAUUAAAGUUUAAUGAAAUUAUUAAUUAUUUAGAUUAUAAAGAAGAUACUGCUGAUUUUGAAGACUUGGAAUUUAAAUUAAAGAAGGAAUUAUCUUUAGGUGUAAAAUAUUUCAGAUUCAACAAAAUAAACACCACACAAGAAAGGGUAGCCAAUUCAAGAUUCUAUGCAUCGGUGGUGAUGACACCGGACCCCGAAUCAUUAAUGCAUUUAUUACAACAGUAUCCUUAUCAUGCAGAGACAUUACUACAGGUUGCGAUGGUUUUGUUGAGGCAAGGAAGUGACAAAUCAACAAGCAAUGCUUUGAUUGAAAAGUGUCUCUUCGUUUUUGAUAGAACCUUCCAUAAGAACUUUCAUGAAUUGUUAAGUGAAAGUAAAACUGGAUUGGUACGUUUGCCAUAUGAAUCAUUUUUGAACAGACAAUUUUAUCUAUGUUUGUUUAGAUACAUUAUGAAUUUGGGAGAACGAUCAACUUUUAUGACCGCUCUUUCAUAUUGUAAGCUUUUGUUGUCAUUAUCUCCAGCAGAAGAUCCGUUAGGAGUUCGGUAUUUCUUGGAUCAUUAUUCAAUUAUGAGUGAGGAAUAUGAAUAUUUGAUAAAAUUCUCCAAAUCUCCUCUUGCUACUACAUACGAAAAAUGGUUGACUCCUGGGUUAGCAUUUUCUACGGUGUUAGCAUAUUUGAAUUUGGAUGAUUUUGAAAAUGCUAAAUCUCAGUUGAAAGUUGCAUACCAAAGAUAUCCAUAUGUCGCCUAUAAAUUGCUAGAACUAAUCGGUUUAUCUCACGACAUACCAAUCAAGGAACACGAGAUUCCAAUUAAUGAUGAAAUACUAUUGGCUGCUGAGACUUAUUUGGUUAGAGCUGGAAUAAUGUGGAAUGAUCAAUCUAAGAGGGAAUUUUUACACGACGAAUUGAUCAGAUUGUUUAAAGAAGAGAAAUUAAACUCGUCAAAGGGAUCCUUAGCUUCCUCGAUAUAUGGCCUUUUUUCAAGUUUUCAAAAACCGGAUACCCCAAAUAAAGAGAUACCAUUUAAUUUGAUUAGAUUUGCAAUAUUAUCCGGCGAGAAUAAAAUUAUGGCUAAAGUUCCUGAAUCUGUUUGGGCAAGAGAAGAUGUUUAUGAAUAUGAUAUAUUACCGCCCCAAAAUAAUACAGUUAAAUAUAAUGAGUUUACUGGCGUCAAUACUAAGCAAGACCAGGUUGUUGAUUCGUUAUUGACCUACGUGGACCAGAAUGUUAUUGGUUCAAUCAUACAAAAUCAAACCGAAGAAGAUGAUUUCGCCGAGGUUUUGAGACAAUUACAAUUACAAGAAACUCAACAAGUUCAACCUGAAGAUGUCGACCAAGACUAG